CAGUUUUUUACAUUUAUAAAAGUGUUAUCUUAAAUGAAUGUUUUAUUGGUUUAGAUAUCAACAUAAGUAAAUAAAUGGGGUCAUGCAAUGUGAAUGAUUUUCGCAGAUAACAUUGUUUAUUCAUACUCGUAAAAAUUUAAUAAGAAGAUAUGAAAGAUAGUUUGUGUUUAUCUUAUUCAAAGCUUAAACGAUUUGUAUUGGAAUCUACAUGAUAAAGGAUGUUUCAAUGAAUAUUAUCAUAAAAACUUUCCCUUAUUAAAAAAGAAAUAUUUCAUCUUACUUUAUAAAUUUAUGUGUUGGGAUUGAAGUCACGUAGCUACAGCAUUUGCGGCAUGCAGUUUGUCACAGAAAAGUCAAGUUACAGUGUUGCGAAAUUCUAUGAUUUGUUUCAACACAAACUUCCUCUUGUGGUCAUGGUGACACAGGGUUUCCAUGGUGAUAUUAUCGAGGAUAUAUUUGAUCGGGAACAGGUCAUGGUACUCUGUGCCAUUUCAAGACAGAGCCGUGUUGUAGGGAUCUUCACCAUAGGUGGUCAGUCAAAACUUAUGAGUAUUCCUGAGGAGUACAUGGAAAAGCUAUGCACUAUUAAAAGGGGAGAAGUCACAAAAGAAGAUCAACUUUACAAGAUACUUCGAAACAACCCACUCCCAACAUGGGUACAGUUUCCUACAGAUCGUGUUCUCACUGUAGGCGACAGGAGCAUGAAUACAAACCGCAUUCCACCAAUAGAGUUAACAAAACGAUUUGAUGAAGUUUAUUUACUGGGAAACACGAUAGUUUACGGUGAAUUAAAUGAAGACGUGAUACACGUGCCACUUUAUCUCUCUGAGUUGAGACUGUCGGUUGUUACUGGGAUCAUAGGGCUAUCAUUUGAAAGAUGGAGACUCUACCUUGAUCAUAUAAAGCGCAAAUGCUCGAGCAUUGAAUAUGACAUGCUCUUUGGAAAUCCCAACAUUGCGGAGUAUGACCCAUAUGCUAUUCAUUCUGAUACGAAGAUUUCUUAUGUACAACCUAAGAGCUACUCAAGUAUAAUAAGUUUGGUACAAGGUCAACCCUUAAAACAUCGUCCCAAUCUUCAAGUUCCUACCCGGGAAGGUUACAAAAGACAAAACAGAGCGAAACAAGACUCCAGACAAUCAAGACCAUUACCACCUUUACCAACAGAACCGAAACAACAGUCACACAACAAAGUUGCAGGAACCUCUAAUAGCACCCAGUCAUCUGCAAGUAUGUACAUAACGCCAGUAUCGCCGUCAAAGCCUGAUCUGGCUGGAAAUGCAAUUUCUGUGAUUCCUCGGAGAGCAUCGCCAGUACCUGAUUACGAUCAAGAAGGGGCAUUGCCUAAACCAAGACCACAUGUCAAGGAAAACAGACAAUUCGAUCCUGGGCAAAAACCAGUAAUUCCAGAGCGACGGCCAAUUUCUGCGCAUCAAGAUGCUGCAAUGCAGCACGACAUGAAGAAUCCAAAAUACACCAAUAAUCUUCCAAGAUCGUCUGUUUCACCAAUAAUACAAACACAGCAUCGACAUUCGAGAGAAAAACCAAACGAAACUCGAUCAGAUCAGGUGAAUAGAAUUAAUGAUAGCAAUGGUAAAGGUAAAAAGGUCAUCAAUGUGGAAAAGCUAUCAAUAAAUGAAGUGUGUGGAUAUCUUAAAAUACUGAAACUGGAACAAUAUUCAAAAACGUUCAUGAAUAAUAUGAUUGACGGUGCAAUGCUAGUUGGUCUUACUGGAAGUAUCUUAAGGAAUGACUUUGGAAUGAAAGGAGUGGAGGCAUUGAGACUGUUGAAGUUUGCAAAUGAGGGAUAUAUACCAGCGUAGCAUCCUUGAAAGCACAUCCCUGAAAUUCAUACUAGGAUAGAUAUAUUGAAUAUAUCAUAGUAAAGAAAUAGUUAGGAUAUUAUCGGUUGGUUUAGUUACUGCAAGAAUUAAUGUAGACAAGAAGUUCAAAAUGUUGUGUAACAGUUAUGUUACGACAUUGUUGAAAUAUAGUAAUAAUACUUUGCAUUAUAUCAGUUUACGUAACCAGAGUGAAUUAUUAUACGUGGCGUAUACAGACUUGGAGUGUUAAAUAUAUCAUAACGUGGUUGUACUAAUCCCCAAUGAUAACGUGAUUCCCGCCGAAAUGCGAGGACGAGUCUAUUUCGUAAUACUAGUAAGUGAUAAAAUAAGAAUUCAUAAUGCUUGUACAUUACUUGACAAGUAAAUAUUAGUAUUUCUUUUAUUUUAAACAUCAACUAAAUAUUCGGCAAUAUAGCUCCGUCGGGUAAAAUGCAGAUAAUAAUUGGGUAUAAUCAAAACUUUUUGCGAGUUCGAAUCCUCAUGUCUUUGUUGUUUGUUUGUUUUUUUUUUCAGAUUUUUUUCCUGUUCGUUUUUUCCCAUAUUUUCGUUUCUUUCUCUGAUGUUUUUUUUUUAUUUGUAUAUAUGUCUUAUUAUCAUAAUAGUAUGUUCAUUAUUUGCUGAAGUGCAUGCGUUUAAUCAAUAUCACCUUUGAUAUAAUGAAAAACCUUUCUAAUCUGCCAUAUCGGCUUUAGAUAUUUCUCUGUCGUGUUGUCACAGAGCUCAUGAAGGAAUCUAUUUUUAUAUGCAAAAAUGAAAUAAAAAAUAAAUGUCGAUGCUCAGUUUUGAAGCCGCACGGCAAAAGAUCGGAUGAACGUGAACAGUAUGAUUUACAACUAAGCUAAUUUGUACUUGGUGAUAUAUCUAGAAAUAUUUAGAUUUUAACAUAUAAGAAAAAUGUUGAAUUCCCUAUGUUCUAUUUUGAUCUAUUAAUAGUCGUGCUCUUUGUAAAUAUCAAGUUAUCGUUGGGGCAUAGUACUUUAUAUCAUUUUGAUUCUGAUAUGUAAAGAUGUGGAUGCAACAGUGAAGCACUAGUCCAUGGCAUAAAUACAGCAUGCCGACAUGAUGUCUCACAACAUUCAUAUCAGGAGGAAAUUGCGUCCCGCAGAAUUCUAGGAGUGUGUAGACAUGUGGAGUUCUGAAAUGCUUCGUUUAAUAUGAAGAAGUAGACUAUGCUUUGUAGCAAGGUAGAUCUAUGGCGCCAAAUAAUAUGUCGACGUGACGGCAGCAUUGUCGUGUUUAGUAAAAAAAAUACAUACUAUUUUUUACAUAAGGAUUUUCAUACGGCCUAUAUAAAUGAAUUCUGCAUGGUUACCAAGACUCUUUUUCUUUAUAAUAUUUUAGAGCAUUUCUGUGUUUUACAUAUCCCACUUUUGUUUUGCUUAAGAGUAUAUAUGUAUUUGUUUUGGUUACUUUUAUAUGCUCUUUCCUGUAACUAUGAAACGUGUUGGCAAAUACGAAUGAGAUUUGGUUUUACAAUUAACCUGAUGAAUUAUAUAAACUCCACAGUGUUCUUUUGCGACUGACUGAUGGAAGGUGGCGGUCACUGUGUUCCUAUAUUUCUUUGUGUUUUCAGCGUUGUCUGGUUAGUUUUAAUUUAUGUAUUUUUUGUGCACAUUAUACAUUUUGUGUUUCAUUAUGUACUUAUAAAUAUUAAAUCAAUAUGAGUUUAGUGAAACAGUUUUUGAAUGUUUGAGAUGUUUUAUUAUUUUGUCAUUGUUAUUUAGACAUUUAGAGCUGAAAUGGCAUUAUUUGCUGCUUACCACAAAACAUGACAAGGUUGAUUGUUUGCAAACCCUGGUGUCAUUUUCAUUUGACACAGGGUCACUUUUUUCUGACUGUUUAUGAUAAAUAUUAACGUUUUUACAUUUUUAUAUUAAUUGAUAUAGAUAAUUCUUACUUAAAGUAAAUAUAUAUGUAUAUAUAUAUAGAUAACUUUCUUCUCGUCUAGAAUACUUUAUUUUUUUUUUAUUCUUUUUUAUUUUUUGCUUUAAUUUGAACAGAGCGGAAUUAUAUUUCAUAUUAUAUUUUCUUAAUUCUUAUGCAGUAGUUUCCUUAUUUCUUUAAAUGUAAUCAUAUUUCAAUCAAAAUCUUAUAAGAACUCCAUGAUGGAAUGACAUUAAUAUUGUUAUAUUGGUCUAUAGUUACAUGUAAUGUUUUAAAAGUCAUCAUUGCCCAUACAUUAUUUGCGGUCUCUUUAAAAAAACAAAUAACAAAAUAAUGAACAGUAUUAGAAUGCCCUUCUACAAUUGUCCAACAAUUUUGUUUACUCGCAGACUUCUAUUUGAUCUCGAGGACAGAAGCUGGUGUUUAGUGUCGACUUAAUGCUAUACACUUCGAUAUACGAGAUGGUUCCGACAGUAUAUUUAUUCAUAAUGUUAAUUUUAUUAUAUAAGACACUUCCUCUCUUUUGAGAUACCGAGAAUAAUUGUAUUCCACUUUCUCUCUAACUCGAAGAUGCAGGUUAAAAAUAUCGGCAAGAAACAUCAGCUGGUUUCUGUGUGAUCUUCUCAUCUUUAUUUCAUACUAACUAAUGAAAUACUGUAUUCUAUCAAUUAAAUAUUUUGUAUCUCAUCACUGACACUGUGAAAAUAUGAAAUCUAUAUUUUCACACUGUGAGAGAUAUAGUUCCGCCCCCUUAAAUUAUUAGAUUAAAACAGGAUGAAAAUUGUAGUCACACUUUGUUCUUUAUAGUAUAUUUCUCGAUUC